AUGAAGUUUGUUACAUUAUUACGUAGUAGUAGUAGUAGUAGUAGUAGUAGUAGUAGUAGUAGUAGUAGUAGUAGUAGUAGUAGUAGUAGUAGUAGUAGUAGUAGUAGUAGUAGUAGUAGUAGUAGUAGUAGUAGUAGUAGUAGUAGUAGUAGUAGUAGUAGUAGUAGUAGUAGUAGUAGUAGUAGUAGUAGUAGUAGUAGUAGUAGUAGUAGUAGUAGUAGUAGUAGUAGUAGUAGUAGUAGUAGUAGUAGUAGUAGUAGUAGUAGUAGUAGUAGUAGUAGUAGUAGUAGUAGUAGUAGUAGUAGUAGUAGUAGUAGUAGUAGUAGUAGUAGUAGUAGUAGUAGUAGUAGUAGUAGUAGUAGUAGUAGUAGUAGUAGUAGUAGUAGUAGUAGUAGUAGUAGUAGUAGUAGUAGUAGUAGUAGUAGUAGUAGUAGUAGUAGUAGUAGUAGUAGUAGUAGUAGUAGUAGUAGUAGUAGUAGUAGUAGUAGUAGUAGUAGUAGUAGUAGUAGUAGUAGUAGUAGUAGUAGUAGUAGUAGUAGUAGUAGUAGUAGUAGUAGUAGUAGUAGUAGUAGUAGUAGUAGUAGUAGUAGUAGUAGUAGUAUAGUAUAUAGUAGAAGUCUAUAUACUACUUACUAUACUACUACUACUACUACUACUACUACUACUACUACUACUACUACUACUACUACUACUACUACUACUACUACUACUACUACUACUACUACUACUACUACUACUACUACUACUACUACUACUACUACUACUACUACUACUACUACUACUACUACUACUACUACUACUACUACUACUACUACUACUACUACUACUACUACUACUACUACUACUACUACUACUACUACUACUACUACUACUACUACUACUACUACUACUACUACUACUACUACUACUACUACUACUACUACUACUACUACUACUACUACUACUACUACUACUACUACUACUACUACUACUACUACUACUACUACUACUACUACUACUACUACUACUACUACUACUACUACUACUACUACUACUACUACUACUACUACUACUACUACUACUACUACUACUACUACUACUACUACUACUACUACUACUACUACUACUACUACUACUACUACUACUACUACUACUACUACUACUACUACUACUACUACUACUACUACUACUACUACUACUACUACUACUACUACUACUACUACUACUACUACUACUACUACUACUACUACUACUACUACUACUACUACUACUACUACUACUACUACUACUACUACUACUACUACUACUACUACUACUACUACUACUACUACUACUACUACUACUACUACUACUACUACUACUACUACUACUACUACUACUACUACUACUACUACUACUACUACUACUACUACUACUACUACUACUACUACUACUACUACUACUACUACUACUACUACUACUACUACUACUACUACUACUACUACUACUACUACUACUACUACUACUACUACUACUACUACUACUACUACUACUACUACUACUACUACUACUACUACUACUACUACUACUACUACUACUACUACUACUACUACUACUACUACUACUACUACUACUACUACUACUACUACUACUACUACUACUACUACUACUACUACUACUACUACUACUACUACUACUACUACUACUACUACUACUACUACUACUACUACUACUACUACUACUACUACUACUACUACUACUACUACUACUACUACUACUACUACUACUACUACUACUACUACUACUACUACUACUACUACUACUACUACUACUACUACUACUACUACUACUACUACUACUACUACUACUACUACUACUACUACUACUACUACUACUACUACUACUACUACUACUACUACUACUACUACUACUACUACUACUACUACUACUACUACUACUACUACUACUACUACUACUACUACUACUACUACUACUACUACUACUACUACUACUACUACUACUACUACUACUACUACUACUACUACUACUACUACUACUACUACUACUACUACUACUACUACUACUACUACUACUACUACUACUACUACUACUACUACUACUACUACUACUACUACUACUACUACUACUACUACUACUACUACUACUACUACUACUACUACUACUACUACUACUACUACUACUACUACUACUACUACUACUACUACUACUACUACUACUACUACUACUACUACUACUACUACUACUACUACUACUACUACUACUACUACUACUACUACUACUACUACUACUACUACUACUACUACUACUACUACUACUACUACUACUACUGCUACUACUACUACUACUACUACUACUACUACUACUACUACUACUACGAAAUAA